UAAUUUUAAUAUCUCCAAGCAAUGCCAAGCAACAUUACCUUGUUUCUGUCCAGCUAUGUGGCAUUUGCGUAUUUUUAAACUCUGGCUAAGGUUAUCUGGGACAUCCUGUAUAGAAGAGUGGUGAUGUUACCAAAAUCCUUUGAUUGCAUUUGGCAGUUUGCAAAUGUCUUUUUUCUUCAUUGUGCAUGUGUGUGUGUGUGCGUGUGUGUGUGUGUGUGUGUGUGUGUGUGUGUGUGUGUGUGUGUGUGUGUGUGUGUGUGUGUGUGUGUGUCCUUGAACCUUGUUAUUGUUUUUUGCAGGCUAUGUGAACAUUGUGGUUGUAUUCAGUUUAAUCUCAUGUUGAAGCUUGUUUCGCUGCUCACUUAAUAAGGAUAAUUUAUUUUCUUUCACUUCACUGUUUGCUGUUUCCACUGUUUUCAUCGUCACUGUUUGCUAAAUACAGACUCAGUGUGGUGAAGUCAAACUUGAGGAUUGGGCACUGUGCCUCCAAGAUUUCAUUGAAAUGCUGGUACACACUUAAGCUGAACUCGAUGGGGUGCAUCACAGGGCAUGAGGCUCCUGGGAUUAUUAUCGUUAAGGAAGAGCUUCCAGGUAGCUACGGUGAAGAGUCUGCAACAGAGAGGGAAACUGCUGCUGUGCACCAAAGAAGUCAUCGUUAAGAGCAAACCUUCGUUUUCCGGCAGGGAGGAGGUGCACAAAAAUGCAGGAAGCACUGCCUCAAGGGUGAUGGGUGUGCACUCUGACGCCGAGGGCCCAGACAAAGAUGCCAAUUCGUAUUGGUGCAAACACCCACGCAUUCUUCAACAUACCGCAACACCUGCUUCGACACUCUGUUGGGCACUCACAGGAGUUGCCAUUCUCGUGCAAUAACUGCAAAGAAGCGCGAGAGUAUGCACGUCAUCAAAGAACAGUUGCAUUGUAUGCCGUGUUGCAAAACCCUCAUUGACAAGGGCGUGCUUCGACAUCACAUAGCGGUUCACCAUGGGCAGGCCGGAUUUCGUUGCCACCUGUGCCCCCAAUGUAGCCUGGACAGCUUAUGUUCACAGACAUCAUCAUUAAAAUUGAACCACCAGACCCUCAAGGUGACAUUGAAGGUGUUGCGGUUGUGGAAAGUUUUGUUUUGCAAAUGCACACGACAGGCAACUGCAGAAACAAAGGCUUUGAGGUAGGUGAUCACCAACACCACUGCAAGAUCUGUCGGCUGAUCUUUAACACGCGCCAACACCUGCUUCAACACUCUGUCACACAUGCCAAGGAGCUGCCGUUCUUGUGCGCCAAUUGUGGCGCAGCCUUCGCGCGCGCAGAAGACGUGGCGGAGCACGAGAACAGCAGGCACUUCAACAAACAGCAGUACCGCUGUGUCGGAUGCCAAGAGACCUACAGCAACAAGGCACAGCUUUGGCAACAUGUACAGAGUCACUAUGGCAAGCCUGCGUACCACUGCGAGAUGUGCCCCAUGGUGUUUCCCUUGCAGCACCAACUGUCAAGGCACUUGCGGACCCACACCAAGGAGCUGCAUUAUACAUGCAACCAGUGCAAGGCCACAUUUAUGCACAAGGAGCCGCUGGCUAGACACAGCAAGACCCACCAGGGCAUCCGAAAACACCAGUGCCCCUACUGCCCAAAGGCCUUCUUCCAGCGGGGCUAUCUCGGGGAGCACGAGAGGAUCCACACGGGAGAGCGCCCCUUCACCUGUCGUAUCUGUGACGAGAAGUUUGUGCAGCGAUCCCACUUGAAUGUGCACAGACAUCGAAUGGGCCAUUAACUACGUGUGACUGUCUGGGUACUGUUCUGUCCCUGUUUGGCUGUGACAUGACCUUACUGCUGGGAUGUCAGUGAGACGUGGAUGUGCACAAGAGCAUCACGGGGCUGUGCCUGGCUAGGAGUGUGUAGAUACAGUCUGCAGUCAAGCAUUAGCCUUGUGUUUUCCUUAUUGUUGUAUGAUUCUCAUAAUCUCCUUGCUCAGAAAGAUGAAGUACUUAAAUCUUUGUGUACAGACCAGUAAAGUAAGUCACCUAGUGUCAGUGUAGCAGGUAUUAAGGUUGUCUUAAACCUUAGUCACCUUUCUACUGGUGUUUAAUUGAGAAGGUUUUCUAUCGAAUGGCAUAAUAACUAUGUUCUUCAAAACAGACAUGAGUUUGCUGUCUUUGGCUGUACAUAGAGCCAGUUGUCGAUGGCUGUGACGAUGUGUUUCAGCUGUGUUGUGUACUAGUGUGUAUUGGUAAAUGAUUCUGUAAUUGGGCCCUGAGUUUUCAUGCACCUUGCAAUCUUCCCACAGAACAACCCUUGUACUUACACACAUAUUAUGUGUACUCGUAUUUUCUGUAGUUGUAAAUGAGGGCUAAAAAAAAAUUUAAAGCUUUCAAUACCAAUUUUUUGCUUAUAAAGGACAAUGACACCGAAAUCUAAGAAGCCUUGCUUUAGUUGAUAAAUCUGGUUGCAAGUUUAAAAGCAGUUGCAUUGUAUUAAGUGGUAGCUUCAUCAAGGUACUGCUUACCAAGGUAUCAAGUCUACAAGCAUUUCUUUUUCUGAUACAUAUUUCAAAAAUGAAAGAAAUCUAAAUAUUUGGAUUUUUAUUUCGCAGUUAAUUUUUUGAGUGGACUGUGGUUUUUUUUUUUUUCGACAGUUAGGUAAAUUGUUUUGAGGGCAUUGACUAUCGCUUGGACAAUAUAGGUUAACCUCGAUAUGUACCUCAGUCCACCAAACUUUGCAGUGUAACAAAUUUAUAAAUCUCUCUGGUGUUAGGGUUAUUCUAGACCACGCAUUAUUAAGUUUAUGCAAGCAACUUGGCAUUGCAGUUUCUUAUUAAUAGAGACUUUUAGCGUGUCCGGUAUUCCAGCAAGUGCGGGCGGUUUGCUGGUUUAGCGGAGGCGUAAACGUGAGCGGCCAGAUUGGUGGCGCCAGCUGGUGGCGCAAAGCUCAACCACACAAACACAAAUCUAAUUGCUAUAUUCUGCUUAGCUGCUGGUGUAAAUUUUCGACAGUGGUGUAAUCGUGUUCACAAUUACGCCACUGCCAAAAAUUUGCACCAGUAGCGAAGCAGGAUAUUGUGGGCUACUACAGUUUUAGCUCUGUGUUUGUCUGGUUGAACUCUACGCUACCAGGCGGCUGCACCGCUCUGGCCGCUCACGUUUAUGCCCCCGCAAAUCCGGCAAUCCACCCAAAGCGCUCCCGUUUACCGGAAUAGUGGGCAGGCUAAAUGUCUCUAAUGAACUCCUCAGUCAUUGCAUCGUUACAUCUUUCAUUUCCUCACUUUGCAGCUACGAAAACAAAAAGAAAAGAAUGGUCGUCUUUAUAAUUUGCAUGUGUCUUUCUGCAUUCAGAACAUUCCUUGUAAAUAUAGAUAACUUGUUGUCAAAUUAAAAGCGACUCCUGCGUCCACUUGUAAUUCUGGCACGAGGCACACAAAGCACACCCCGUUCACCCACACUCAAGAGACAUGAAACGCUGGGAAACCAGACAGGAGCAUCACAACAUAUUAUUAUAGCCAGGGCUGGGCAAAGACACUUUGCAAUUAUAUCAUGAUACGAUACAAGCUACUCUGGCAGCAAGUAUUUGAGAUACAGAUACAAGAUACUGCAGCAAUUAUUGUAUCUGAUACGAUACUUUCCAUUUGUGUCUUAAGAUACGCUGAUACAUUCACAAAUUUCUUAUUAUAUAUCUAUAUAAUGUAGCAGCAAACGCAUAUACAUAAAAAUUUGUCGAUAUUUGUGCAAAAAAACGCAUUGCAAAAUAUUUAAUGCCACAGCGUUAAGGGCCCCAUGUUGCAGAAAAACCAGUGUCUGCGUUGAUGGAGUUAUUCGUGAGCAAAAAUUUCUGUAUAUAUAUAUAUAUAUAU